GCGAGGAAUGGGGUGUCCAGCGCCAAAACGGCGGGGAGCCACACAACUCUGCGUGUCAGCCUUAAUCAGACUGAGCCUCCUAAAGUGACUUCCAUCAACCUGGACAGUCGAAGCAAGACAUCCCUGAGCCUGUCCUGGUCGGUGGCACUUCGCCAACAGAAUCGGGUCUCGAAGUAUGAAGUGGCCUACAACAAAAAGAAUGAUGAGAAUAGCUACUCCGUUCACCGCUGUGACGGCAAUUCUCUGACCAUUGAGAAGCUUGUGCCGGGCACGACCUACGUGGUGCGAGUUCAGGCCCAGACGGUGGAAGGUGCCGGCACAUACAGCAUGGAGUACGAGUUUGACACCCUCCCAGCAGAACCAGAAGGAGCCAACCAAGCUGCCAUCAUCGGAGGAGCAGCAGCCGGUGUGUUCUUCAUUAUUCUACUGAUCGGUUUUGUCGUCUUUGUACACCGGACGCGAAGAAACGGGCGUGCGCGACAAUCUGCAGAGGAUGUGUACUUCUCUAAAUCUGAAAUGAAGCCCCUGAAGACGUACGUGGACCCUCACACAUACGAAGACCCCAACAAGGCCGUGCUGAAGUUUACCACAGAGAUUCCCCCCAAUGCUGUCACUCGGCAGAAGGUCAUCGGAGCAGGGGAGUUUGGAGAAGUCUAUAAGGGGAUCCUGAAGCUUCCAGCAAAGAAGGAGAGUCAGGUGGCCAUUAAAACGCUGAAGGCCGGCUACACAGAAAAGCAGCGAAUUGAUUUCCUGAGCGAGGCCAGCAUCAUGGGCCAGUUCUGUCAUCACAACAUCAUCCGUCUGGAAGGCGUGGUCUCCAAAUGUAAGCAUGGAACCUUCAUUUUAUGU